AUGAAUGCUGUGAUACUUCUAUGCAGGAUUGAUAUACGAAACUACCAACUUGUUUUGGCCAUGUUAUUUGCCAUCAAUGAAAUCAACUUGAACCCUCAUGUUUUACCAAACACUUCUCUGGGACUUGAGAUAUAUAGUCUCCCAGAUACUGAAAGGAACAUUCUGAAGAGUGUAUUCUAUUGGCUCACAGGUUUGAGCAUAUUUAUCCCUAAUUACAAUUGUAGAAAAAAGUGGAAAUCGGCUGCUACACUUACUGGAAUAUCAUGGAAAUCAUCUGAAAUCAUUGGGACAUUGUUGGGUCUUUACAAAUUUCCUCAGCUUACUGUUGGGCCUUUUGAUCAUGCAGAGACUGACACAAAUCAGUUUACAUCUGUGUACCAGGUAGCCCCCAAAGACACAGCUCUGUUCUGUGGUAUUGCCACUUUGAUGCUUCAUUUCAGCUGGACCUGGGUGGGACUGCUCAUCACAGAUGACCAUAAAGGUUCUCAGUUUGCAUCAGAUUUUAGAAUGGAGAUGGAAAAGAGCAAAGCCUGCAUAGCUUUUGUGGAAACAGUAUCGUUUGUGGGAGAACCAAUAUAUUAUUUGCUAAGAUAUGAUCAGAUGCGUACUCUAGAGUCAUCUGCAGAUGUGAUUGUAAUUUAUGAACACAAUAAUUUCCUAUUAACUAUAAUAGUAAAUAUCCAUAGAAAGUACACAAUGAAUAAAAUCUGGGUUAUGAAUAAAAAAUGGAUUAGCCCAAGUAUUCAUCCAUAUACACUGUCACAUUUAUCCCAUGGGGCUCUCACUUUUUCACCCCAUCAUGGGGAGAUUGUUGGUUUCAUAAAAUUCAUGCAGGAAGCCAAUCCUGUUAAGUACCCAGAAGAUACUUUUCUUCUUAUCUUGUGGAUGAUUUUUUUCAAUUGCUCAAGAUUGCAUUCUGCACGUAAAAUCAUUGAAAACUGUCUGCCCAAUGCCUCUUUGGGAUUGUUGCCAAGGAGUCUUUUUGAAAUGGUCAUGACUGAAGAGAGUUACAAUGUGUACAAUGCUGUGUAUGCAGUGGCCCACAGUCUCCAUGAGAAGAAUCUCAAUCAAAUACAAGUUCAACCACAGGCAAAUAUUGAUAGGACUCUGUUAUCCCCCUGGCAGCUUCACCCUUUUCUGAAGACUAUUCAAUUCAAAAACUCUGUUGGUGACCCUGUGGAUCUGGAAUGGAAAAGGAUGGCUGAUCCAGAGUAUGAUAUUCACAACGUUUGGAACUUUCCAUCAGGUCUUUCACUAUUGGUGAAAGUGGGUAUGGAUCAGUGUGUGCACUGUCCAGAAACUCAUUAUGCAAAUGCAGAGAAGACACACUGCCUGGAGAAAACUGUCACCUUUCUGGCCUAUGAUGAUCCCUUGGGGAAGGGACUCACACUCGUGUCCCUUGGAUUUUCAACUCUCACAGCUCUUGUUAUUGGGGUCUUUGUAAACCACAGAGACACUCCAGUAGUGAAGGCCAAUAACAGAUCUCUCAGUUACAUCCUGCUCAUCAUUCUGACCCUCUGUUUCCUCUGUCCAUUGCUCUUCCUUGGUCUUCCACACACAGCCACAUGUAUCCUGCAACAGAAUGUGUUUGGAGUUCUGUUCACAGUGACUCUAUCCGGUGUGUUGGCCAAAACCAUCACUGUAGUUAUGGCCUUCAAGAUUACAGCUCCAGGAAGAAAGAUCAGAUGGUUGCAGAUAUCACAGGUCCCUAAGUGUGUCAUUCCAGCUUGCACUCUGAUACAAGUACUUCUCUCUGGCAUAUGGCUGGGAACAUCCCCUCCAUUUAUUGACAUGGAUGCUCACUCUGAACAUGGACACAUCAUCAUUCUUUGCAACAAGGGCUCAGCUGUUGCCUUCCACUGUGCUCUGGCCUACCUGGGAGUCAUGGCCUUGGGUAGUUACCUCAUGGCUUUCUUGUCCAGGAACCUUCCUGACACAUUUAAUGAAUCCAAGUCCAUGGCUUUCAGCAUGCUUGUGUUCUGCAGUGUAUGGGUCACGUUCCUCCCUGUCUACCACAGCACCACUGGGAAGGUCAGUGUAGCUAUGGAAAUGUUCUCUAUCCUGGCUUCCAGUGCAAGCAUUCUAAUUGUAAUCUUUGUCCCUAAGUGCUACAUUGUUUUGUUUAGGCCAGAAUUAAACACACUUCCUCGUAACAGGGAUGAAAGACACCACAGGGGCAAAUAUUUACUUAAAACAUAG